AUGGCUGGAACUAUGGACAAGAUCAAGGCUAAGGUCGACAACGUCCUCCACAAGGACAAGACUCACAGCGACCCCACCGGCCCUCACUCUUCCCACGCUGCCAACUCUGCGGAUCCCCGCGUUGAUAGCGACCGCAUCGGCACUGUUGGCAACACUGCUGGCGCCGGUGGUGUUGGUGCUGGCCAGUAUGGCUCCAACACUACUCACACCGGACCCGGCCUCGCGGGCAGCCACAACACUCACGGCACCACUGGCCUCACUGGCGCCCACACCACCCACAACACCCACAACACCGGUGUAACGGGCACCCACGGCAACACUCACCACUCGGACCCCACUGGUCCCCACGACUCGAAGCUCGCCAACAAGCUCGACCCCCGCGUUGACUCUGACCGUGUCGGCCCUGCUGGCAACACUGCCGGCGCAGGCGGCUACGGUUCAACCACCACCCACGGAACCACUGGCUCAGGCCUCACUGGUAGCCACAACACUCACGGCACCACUGGCUCAGGCCUCACGGGUACCCACAACACUCAUGGCACCACCGGCGCUGGUCUGACCGGCAACACCACCCACAGAACCGGCUACAGCGACCCAACUGGUCCUCACUCAACGCACCUUGGCAACAAGGCCGACCCUCGUGUCGACUCUGACCGCUAUGGCGCAGCUGGCAACACCGCUGGUGCUGGUGGCAUCGGUGCUGGCCAGUACGGCUCCAGCACCCACACUGGCACCACUGGAUCCGGUCUGACUGGUACCCACGGCACCCACAACACUCACGGCACCACCGGCGCUGGUCUGGCGGGCACUCACGGUACCCACACGGGCGCCACCGUUGGUAGCGGCAACAGCAACACCACUGCUGGUCCCCACAACAGCGACAUGCUGAACAAGCUCGACCCUCGCGUCGACUCUGACCUCGACGGCUCCAAGACUGUUGGCGGAAACCAGACGUACCGCUAA